UGUGUGCAAAAUAUUAUUUCAUUUAUAAUAAUUUAUUAUUAAUUUCUAGUAAACUUAUAAUUUGCGAUACAAAAUGACGGACGCUUCAAGCAUUAUGAGCAUUAGGGAGUUAAUAGAUACAGCAUUUGGCGAUGCCAACGUGAACAUAGUGAAUCACAAGCUCAUACAAACUAUACUUGUAAUUCUGGCACGUCAACUUCGGCUGUUGGAGAGGCGCGUUGAAGUUGAAAUACCUGCAGUGGAAUACUCUUCAGGAACAAGCCUUUCGGUGACCGAAGUCAAACUACAAGCAAAUGUACCCCGUAAGAAAAAAGGCAAAGGAGCUGCCACUAGUGCCACAUUCGCUGGAGCCACCAGUUCAACCACUGCCGCUGGCCAAAAAGGCUUAAGGCCAGGCCAAUCUCAGUAUAGGCCAGGCAUGCAAGAAGUUGCAUCUAAAGCAUCGGCAAUGUCAUAUGAUAAAACAUCAUCUUCGGGGACAAAAUCUACAACUGAUAGGUCAAAAUCAACCUCAGACAAAACUAGCACGGAGAAAUCUUCAUCUGGUUUCACGUCAUCUGCUACAAAAUCAACGACUGACAAGUCCAGCUCAGACAGAACUAGUUCCCUUAAAACUAGCUCAGACAAAACCAGUUCAGAUAAAACAUCAACCGAGAAAACAUCAUCUAGUAAAACGCAAUCUGAAACCGAAGUAACAAAAUCAUCAUCGGAGAAAAAAACUACUCUGGUUCAGCCUUUACCACAGGAUUACCAGAAGCGGCUGGAAAAAAUCGAAGAACAGAGGGAACGAGAGCUGCGAAUUAUCCAUCAGAGAGCCGAUUCACGAGAAGAGCAGGAAAAAACGCCUACUCCGAUGGCUUCCUUAGAAUCAAUGGAGAAACAGUAUGAAAAAUUGUUAAUUGUGGAACGUGUACCAUCAGACAAAAUAAAAGCUGCAGAAAUUGGCGGAAAAUCGAAGCCGUUAUCUGUCGUGACUCAAGAUGAAUUUAUGGAACUUGCUACAAUAGUUCGCCAACUGCAAGACCGAUACAAAAUAGCAGGAGCUCCAAGCUUUCCCGAAAAUGCAAAAUUAUUGAAUGACUUACGCAAAGGUGCUUCACUAACUGACGCAAUGGCCGCAUUGCAACUUUCGGCUAGAGUAGAAGCUGCAGAAAAAACUUUGGAAAGACUGCUAGCAGUGGUAACUGAAAUAGUCGUCAAAAUUUAUGUAGGGGGAGAGAUAACAGGACCAAUAGAUGUUGAAGCUUUGAUAAAGUUGAGCCAAGGACUUAUUGCCCCAGAACAAUUUGCAGAAGUCAUAAAUGAAAUAAAAGAAAUGGAAGAAACAGAAGAGCCGCCUCAAGCUGCUCCAGUCCCCGCUAAACGUAAAUCUACUAUGCCAAAAGAAGCUUUAGCCAAAUCGAAAAAAUCCAUUGUAUCCAAAGCAGAAUCAAAAGAAUCGGUAGCGGUAUUAUCUAUGAUGGAUACAAAACUACCGUCAGAAACUGAAGUAACUGCUGAAACAGCACAAGAACCUGCUGCGCCAGAAGAAGAAUCAAAAGAAAAAACUGACUCUGUGACUUACGAAGAACUAGAUAAUGCACUGCAAGAAUUGUAUGAUGAAUGUUUGAAAAUGGUUACUACUUCGACAAAUCGCAGUAACACGAAUGCUAACAAUGCAAUAAAAAUUGCUAAUAGAUUAGAAGGAAGAUUGGAAGACUCUCUGAACCUAGGAGAUCGAAUGUUUGACUUGGAAAAACUAGUCUCGGAGUAUGCUGAUCAGAUAAAUACCCUUGACACUGGCUUGUCGUCACAGAUGACUAACUAUCAAGAACAAUUAACACAAAUGCAACACGAUCUUGAAUCUGGAUUAGAAGCCAUGGCAGAAGCUUUAGCAAACACAGGAGGAGAUACGGCAGCUGUUGCUGAAUUGAACAACCACUUCACAAAUCUACAAACGGAUCUCGACACUGCUGCAUCAAGACAAAAAGAGCUUAGAGAUAUACAAAACGCUCUAUCAUUGGAUCUUCAGUCUCUGUGGAAACAAAUAGAAAUACUACGAGAUACCAAAUCGGAUCGAGAUGAAGUGGCAGAUGCACUGCGCGAUAAAGCUGGUCUUGGUGCUCUAAAUGGAUUGGUGUCUCGUCAAGAAUUUGACGCAGUACGAGGAGAUUUUGAAAAACGCAUUGGAUCAGCUUACGAUAAGUUUAACAAUCAAGAGAUUGUUUGGCAAAAAGCAAUAGAUGAUCUAAUAAGAGAGCUGAACGAGAAAGCAGACUGGAUACAAGUGGUUUCUUUGCAAGGUAGCAUCAAUAAGUACCUUGAAAAGUUUCGAAACAAGAUUCGUGAAAUGGAAGAGGUUGUGGGUGAACCUCGCGCUGCCACUGUUUCGAGAAAACUACACCGCGACGCUGAAUGCUUAUCUUGCGCCACUGCUGCGCAUAUGGAUAUAGAAGAACCCAACAAGUUGCCAUUAAUGCCCGGUUUUCCAUCUUCACGACCACCGGCUAUUGGUGCGGAAGCCAAAACUAAGCCGUCUGAAGAUGGGGAUCAUAGAGGCGUUUGUUAUCCUGGCAUGCCAGUACCUCAUGCUAUAGAUCCAAGAGCCCAUGUCUGUCAUCGAUACUGUGGCGGUUCUCACACGUUAAUAAAUAAUACAUUAAGCCGCGCCCCAGCAGGCAUGAUAAUAAACCCGGCCCUGCGAGAAGUCAGCACCGCAGUUGGGACUGAUGGAAGGCUGUACAUGGUUGAUGGAGAUAAUGUGAAGAAGCCUUGUCUGCCAUGCAACUAUAAGAAAACUUUCACAACUCCAGAGCCUUCGGAAGCUGAACCAGCUCCAAUGGUGAUGCAUGACGAUUUUGGAUCUGAUAUGACGCCGCAGGACUAUCGACAACAAUCAAUGCAAGCCACUGGCGGAUCGGAUAUCGUCUCCGUAACUCCACCGCCGCCGAUGGACGAUGACUGA